CAUACACACUUUAACUGAGUGACACUCAUUGUCUAUAUUUAUGUUUUAAGUCAGACAGCUGCUGUACUAACCAAACCGAGAGCGAGAGAGAGAGAGAGAGAGAGAGAGAGAGAGAGAGAGAAAUAGAUUCAGGGACGUAUAGACAGACAGGCAAGCUGAUGGUGGGGACAUGAUUCAAUUUUGCAUCCCGAGAGCUGCCACAGGAAGUUCGGAACAAAACUUACUGAUUUCUGGGGUACUUAUCUGAGAACCCGAUCUCCAGAAUUCCUGCACCUCCGGUUUUGCUUCUUAUUUGGGAUCAUGGAGGGGGGCGGUGAGGCACCUAUAACUUCCUUCAUCAUGGAUGAGGAGACUUUAAAGAGAAAACAGAGAGAAAAACUCAAGAAACUCCAGGCCACCGGCGGAAACCCGCGGCCCGCGCGCUCCCUCCUCUUCCUCACGCUGAAGAACCCCUUCCGUAAGGCCUGCAUUAACAUCGUAGAGUGGAAACCAUUUGAAAUCAUCAUCCUCCUCACCAUCUUCGCAAACUGUGUAGCUCUCGCCGUUUUCAUGCCAAUGCCUGAAGAAGAUACAAAUAACACCAACAGCAACCUAGAAAGUCUUGAGUAUAUAUUUCUCAUCAUAUUCACAAUGGAGUGUUUCCUGAAGAUCGUUGCGUAUGGAUUUCUCUUUCAUGCAGAUGCGUAUUUACGGAACUGCUGGAAUAUAUUAGACUUUGUCAUUGUAACAAUGGGGUUGUUCACUAUUGUGGUGGACUUCAUCAAUAACAUCAGUGGUGUGGAGGCUCCAGUGGAGCAAAAAGGUGGUUUUGACAUGAAAGCCCUCAGAGCAUUCAGAGUCUUGCGGCCCCUUCGACUCGUAUCGGGAGUCCCCAGCCUGCAAGUAGUGAUGAGCUCCGUUCUCAAGUCCAUGCUGCCCCUGUUCCACAUCUCCCUGCUGGUCUUCUUCAUGGUCACCAUCUACGCUAUCAUUGGUCUGGAGCUCUUUAAAUGCAAAAUGCAUAAAACAUGUUACUACACUGGCACAGAUGUCAUUGCUACGGUUGAAAAUGAGAAGGCAUCUCCGUGCGCUCAGGCCGGUAACGGUCGUAGCUGUACACUGAACGGAACGGAGUGUCGUGGGGGUUGGCCUGGGCCCAAUAACGGCAUCACUCACUUUGAUAAUCUGGGUUUCUCCAUGCUCACUGUAUACCAGUGCAUCACCACUCAGGGCUGGACGGAUGUUCUGUACUGGGUGAAUGAUGCAAUCGGAAUGGAAUGGCCCUGGUUGUAUUUUGUGACUUUGAUUCUGUUGGGUUCAUUCUUCAUCCUGAAUCUGGUUCUGGGGGUCCUGUGUGGUGAAUUCACUAAGGAGAGAGAGAAGAGUUCUCGGAGUGGCGAGUAUCAAGAAUUACGAGAGCGUCAACAGUUUGAUGAGGAUCUGAAGGGGUACAUGGAGUGGAUCACACAGGCAGAAGUCAUGGACAACGACCAGGAGCAAGGUCUGCUCCCGCUGCAGAAGGACGGAUCCCAGACGGAGAGUCUCUACGAGCUUGAAGGACUGAAUAAACUCAUGUACUACGUUCGGCAUGCACGGCGCUGGAACCGUUUUUUCAGAAGGAAGUGUCGUGUUUGGGUGAAGUCCAGGCUGUUCUACUGGUUGGUCAUUUUCCUGGUGUUCUUCAACACUCUGGCCAUCACAACAGAACAUCAUCAACAGUCUGAAUCCCUCACCAACUUCCAAGACAACACCAAUAAGGCGCUGUUGUCUCUGUUUGCGGUGGAGAUGUUUCUGAAGAUGUAUGCGAUGGGACUGCCGUCGUACUUCAUGUCUCUCUUCAACCGUUUCGACUGCUUCGUGGUGUCUGUUGGGAUCCUGGAGCUCAUUCUCGUAAACAUGGAUGUCAUGUCCGUCAUGGGGAUCUCCAUUCUGCGCUGUAUUCGGCUGCUGCGUCUCAUCAAAGUCACAAGGCACUGGACGACCCUCAGUAAUCUCGUGGCAUCCCUCUUAAACUCGGUGCGCUCCAUCGCAUCCCUGCUGCUUCUCCUCUUCCUCUUCAUUGUCAUCUUCGCUCUGCUCGGCAUGCAGGUGUUCGGGGGAAAGUUUAAUUUUUCCGAUCAGAAUGUGAGACGGAGCAAUUUUGACAAUUUUCCUCAGGCACUCAUCACAGUUUUCCAGAUUCUGACAGGUGAGGACUGGAACUCUGUCAUGUAUGAUGGCAUCAUGGCUCAUGGAGGUCCAGCAAUACCUGGGAUCUUGGUUAGCAUUUACUUCAUAAUCCUAUUCAUCUGCGGAAACUACAUCCUCCUGAACGUGUUCCUGGCGAUUGCGGUGGAUAAUCUGGCAGAGGCCGAAAGCCUGACUUCAGCCCAGAAAGAGAAGGCAGAGGAGAAGAAACGCAAAAAGCUUCUCAGAGAAAACCUCCCUGAUAAGGUAGAGGAAGAGAAGGCUAUGUUGGCGAAGAAACUAGCUGAGCAGAGAGCCAAGAUUGAAGGGAUUCCCACCACAGCUAAGCUCAAAGUGGAUGAAUUUGAGUCAAACGUAAAUGAGAUUAAAGAUCCAUUUCCACCAGCCGAUUUUCCAGGUGAUGAUGAGGAGGAGGAGCCAGAGAUUCCCCUCAGCCCUCGGCCUCGUCCAAUGGCAGACCUACAGUUGAAGGAGACGGUGGUGCCCAUGCCAGAGGCCAGUUCCUUCUUCAUCUUCGGCCCACAGAACAAGUUCCGUAAACUCUGCCAUUGCAUCAUCAACGCCACAACCUUCACCAACAUCAUCCUCCUCUUCAUCCUGCUCAGCAGUAUCUCACUGGCUGCCGAGGAUCCUAUUGACCCGAUGUCUUUCAGGAACCAGGUGCUGGCCUAUGCUGAUAUCGUAUUCACCUCGGUUUUUACCGCAGAGAUUGUGCUGAAGAUGACCACAUAUGGUGCCAUUUUACACAAGGGCUCUUUCUGUCGUAAUUCCUUCAACAUCCUGGAUUUGAUUGUGGUUGGCGUCUCCCUGCUGUCCAUGGGAAUGGAGUCAAGUGCCAUCUCUGUGGUAAAGAUCCUCCGAGUCCUGAGAGUGUUGAGACCUUUAAGAGCCAUAAAUAGAGCCAAAGGUCUGAAGCACGUGGUCCAGUGUGUGUUUGUGGCCAUCAAGACCAUCGGCAACAUCGUUUUAGUCACGAUGCUCCUGGAUUUCGUGUUCGCCUGCAUUGGGGUUCAGCUUUUCAAGGGGAAAUUCUAUGCUUGCACAGACCCACUCAAAAUGACGGCGGUAGAAUGCAGAGGAACUUUUAUAAAACACCAGGAGAACGCUCUUCAUGAUAUGGUGCUCCGGGAGCGCAAGUGGAUCAACAGCGACUUAAACUUUGAUAACAUUCUGAACGGCAUGCUGGCACUCUUCACGGUUUCAACAUUCGAGGGCUGGCCAAAGUUGUUGUAUAAAGCCAUCGACUCUAAUCUGGAGGAUUUCGGCCCCAUUUACAACAACCGCACUGAGAUUUCCAUCUUCUUCAUCGCCUACCUCAUCCUCAUCGCCUUCUUCAUGAUGAACAUCUUCGUUGGCUUCGUAAUAGUCACUUUUCAGGAACAGGGAGAGCAGGAGUUCAAAAACUGUGAGCUGGACAAAAACCAGCGUCAAUGUGUCCAAUACGCCUUGAAGGCCCGUCCUCUGAGGUGCUACAUCCCUAAGAACCCCUAUCAGUACCAGGUGUGGUACAUCGUCACUUCCUGUUACUUUGAGUAUCUGAUGUUUCUUCUCAUCAUGCUCAACACUAUGUGUCUCGGGAUGCAGCAUUGCAACCAGUCAGAUCACAUCACGCAUCUGUCUGACAUGCUGAACAUCAUCUUCACUGUCCUGUUUACCGUGGAAAUGAUCCUCAAACUCGGUGCCUUCAAAGCCAAAGGUUACUUUGGAGACCCCUGGAACGUCUUUGAUUUCGUCAUCGUGGUGGGCAGUAUUGUUGAUGUCGUCCUGAGUGAAAUUGAUGCUGCUCUAGCUGCUCAAGGUGGACUUUACUGUCUCACGGGCUGUUCUGAAGUGAAUCCAAUGCAAGCGAUAGCAGUAAGUGAAGAUUGUGUUCCUAUUGAGAAGUUCUCCAUUUGUGUUAUCUGUAGGUUAUUGUGCGAAUUGCUCAUUUGUUUGUUUGCUCCUCAGGACUCUGAGAAUAUGAGCGUGUCGAUCACAUUGUUCCGACUCUUCCGUGUCAUGCGUCUGGUGAAACUCCUGAAUCGUUUUGAGGGGAUUCGUAACCUGCUGUGGACCUUCAUCAAAUCAUUUCAGGCUUUGCCAUACGUGGCUCUUCUCAUCGUCAUGCUGUUCUUCAUUUACGCCGUCAUCGGCAUGCAGGUGUUUGGCAAAAUUGCGCUAAUAGACGGAACUGUGAUCAAUCGCAACAGCAACUUCCAGACGUUUCCUCAAGCUGUUCUUCUGCUGUUCAGGAGUGCUACAGGUGAGGCGUGGCAGGAAAUCAUGUUGGGCUGUUUGUACGGCCAGCGCUGUGACCCAAAAUCAGAUUACCUACCUGGAGAAGAGUACACCUGUGGCUCUGGAUUCGCUGUUUUGUACUUCAUGAGUUUUUACAUGCUGUGUGCUUUCCUGAUCAUUAACCUGUUUGUGGCUGUGAUCAUGGACAACUUUGACUAUCUGACCCGUGAUUGGUCGAUUCUGGGGCCGCAUCAUUUAGAUGAGUUUAAGAAGAUCUGGGCUGAAUAUGACCCUGAGGCCACGGGACGCAUUAAACACCUGGAUGUUGUGACAUUGUUGAGGAGAAUCCAGCCACCGCUUGGGUUUGGGAAGUUCUGUCCCCAUCGUGUCGCCUGUAAGAGACUGAUUUCCAUGAACAUGCCAUUAAACAGCGAUGGGACGGUCACGUUUAAUGCCACUCUGUUCGCACUGGUCCGAACGGCACUGAAAAUCAAAACAGAAGGUAAUUUUGAGCAGGCCAACGAGGAGCUGCGUGCAAUUAUUAAGAAGAUUUGGAAACGGACCAGUAUGAAACUGCUGGACCAGGUCAUCCCACCAAUCGGAGACGAUGAGGUCACAGUGGGGAAGUUUUACGCCACCUUCUUGAUCCAAGAUCACUUCAGGAAGUUCAUGAAGCGUCAGGAGGAAUAUUACGGAUACCGACCGACAAAGAAAAACAAAAACACUACAGAGAUACAGGCGGGUCUGAGGAGCAUUGAGGAUGAAGCCGCCCCCGAGCUGCAGCGGGCGAUCUCUGGAGAUCUUCUGAACGACGAGGAGAUGGACAGAGCGAUGGAUGAAGCCGCAGAGGAGGGAAUCUACAGGCGAGCAGGUGGCCUGUUUGGGAAUCAUGUGGAUCCGUUUAAUAUGGAGCGAGGAACCCCGAUGCCCACCCAGGUGACCAGCCAGCGCCCCCUACAGAUCACAGACAGCAGAACAGAAGAGACAGAGGCCUCACCAAGCUCCAACUCAUAUCUGACUUACCACGCCAACACGAAUAACAACAACACAAACAAUAACAGGACCAGAGAGAGGUGUGAACUACAUUUCCCAUCUGGCAUCAGUGCAUCCAGACAUCACGGUCCAGUGAGUGCAGCUGACUUCCUCAUUCAAGAGGCUCUGCUCGCUGGAGGGUUGGAGUGUCUGGCCAGCGACUGUCGCUUCGUGUCUGUAACGAAGGCAGAGAUGGCCGCGGCCCUGAGCUUGGAUGUCAACUUGCUGGAGAGGAAUUCAGCAGCCGUUCUUAACAAACGUAGAGGACUUUGUGUUGUUAGAGAGACGUUCUCUCGUCCAGAUAUUGCACACUGCUUGGUGUAGGGCUCAUCAGAGGUUUCUGGUUGGGCCUGACCUGAGACAAACUGACGCUGAAUUAUCAGAUGUCCCACAUGGGAUCUGGGCACUUUUUUCACAGUUUCUGUAUUGAUUGAGGGGGGAAAUCUGUGCAAGGGGUUUAUAUAUGGUAAAUAUUACUUGGAACCGAGAGUACACUCUUAUUGGUAGCUUGAAACCAUUGUCAAAGAAGGUCAAAUGUGAAUAUUUGUAUUUAAACAAUAUUUAUAAACUAAUUUUUGAAACAGUCAAAUUUAAGUCUUUUUUUCAGUACUGCAGGCACCAAUCUGUGGAGCCCAAGUCAUCGGGACUAUCCUACACUACAAAAAAUAUUUUAGCCUAUUUUUUAGAUGUAUCCAUUUCAAUUUAAUAAAAAAUUUCCAUCUAAUUGAAUUGAAUAGUCUUGAAGAAAAUGAAAUUAAUAAAACAUGCAUUUUUUAAGAUUUAUACAUUUGGUUAAAGAUUAGGCAAUUCAAUUAGAUGGAAAUUUGUUAUUAAAUUGAAAUGGAUACAUCUUAAUAAUAAGCUAAAAUAUUUUUUGAGUGUAUCUAACUGAGCCAGUAUUUGGAGAAAUGUGGUUAAGUUAAUUUAAGAUAACUCUUCACCUGAUGGGACUAAACAUAACUUUAGGAUUCUUCUGAAGUGGUUUUUGAAUUUGUUUUGCAUUGCGAGAAACGUUAGAACUUGUAUCCAAUCGCAUUUCUUGACAUAGUUGUUCUAACAUAGAAAACAAUAAAACAUUACUUUACUCAGAA